AUGUUCGCGCUAAUAUUGUGGUUUCUGGUCAUCACUUUCCUCCUCCAACACGCCCAGGCGGCCUCAGCUGCACAAUGGCGUGAUAGAAGUAUCUAUCAAGUUCUUAUUGACCGCUACGCGCUUCCAAACGGUUCCGAUCCUACUCUUUGCAAGCCUAGCGAGCAAACAUGGUGCGGCGGGACUUGGAAUACGCUUCGAGGGAACCUGGACUACAUUCAAGAUGCUGGAUUCACUGCGGUCUGGAUAUCGCCAGUCCAGCAAAACUGGCAAGGUGAACGGACCCCAUAUGGUGACGCCUACCAUGGAUAUUGGAUUCAAGACUCUACCCAACUCAACGACAAAUUCGGCACCUCCGAUGACUUGUUAGCUCUCAGCAAAGAAAUUCACCAGCGAGAUAUGUAUCUCAUGGUUGACGUCGUCGUUAACGAUGUCAUGGCCCUUAGUACGAAUCCGGACUAUUCGAUAUACAUGUUCAAAGAUGCUUCUUAUUAUCACACAUACUGCCCGGUCGACUAUUCCAAUACCACCUCGGAACAGCUCUGUUGGCUCGGCGACCUCAAUGUUACCCUACCCGAUCUUGACACUACCAACCCAACCGUUAUAUCCCAAUACGGCUCUUGGAUCUCUGAACUCGUUCAAACUUAUUCCAUUGACGGUCUUCGUAUUGACGCAGCCAAGCACGUCGAUGCAGACUUUUGGCCUACCUUCUGUGGAACUGAAGGUGCAUCUGGUAUAUUCUGCAUGGGUGAAGUCUUUGGUGGUCUCGACGUCGAAGAUGCAGCAGAAUGGCAGGGACCUCUUGACUCUGUCCUCAAUUAUCCAAUGUACACUGCAUUGACCCAGGCGUUUCAAAUUCCGGGUUCACUCAAUAUUUCGGCACUCACAGAUACUAUAAGCCAGAGCAAAAAACUUUACAAAGAUACCACCGUGCUGGGAAAUUUCUUGGAAAAUCAGGACUUGCCGCGAUGGGCUUCUUCCAGUGUGGAUGUCCAGACUCUAUACAACGCUAUGGCGUUCAAUUUUAUGUCGGAUGGAAUCCCGAUCGUCUACUACGGCCAAGAGCAAUACUUUUCGGGCGCUGGUGACCCUCUUAACCGAGAACCAUUAUGGCCGUCAAACUACACGAAAACGGAUGCAUACAAGUUUAUACAGACCUUGAAUCAGUUCCGGAACUAUCUCGUUAAUUCGACGGCCAACACGUCAUCCCCGUGGACUACAGCGGAGACUCAAGUGCUUACUGCGAGUCAAUACGGGAUCGCAAUCUUGAAGGGCGACGUGAUCACUGUCUUGACCAACGUCGGAAGUCCGGCUCAAAACAACACUCAUAUCGCUGUUGCCACGCCCUACGAUCGAAACACCGCUCUCACCAACAUCAUUACCUGCGAGCAAUGGGUUGUCGGCUCUCAAGGUUACAUCGAUGUAGAGUAUACCCUUGGCGGGCAGGCAGUCAUUCUGCAUCCAAGCACAAUCCUUGCUGAGAAUAAGUCUCCUGUAUGCGCUGGGCUGGUUCAAACUUCACAGGGCAUGGACGAUGAAUCGGCAACUCUAUCAAAUGCUGCAUUUAGUGUUGUGAGAAGUAACUUUUUGUGGGCUUUAGAUUCCGUCGUGACCGUGACAAGUUUGUCGAUGGUUUUGUGCUGGUGGUGGUCAUAG